AUGGGCUCCGUUGGCUACAAGGUCACUGGCGAGGAAUAUGCGCAUCCAUUGAUCUCAGAAAGAGCCAUUGACGAACCCAGACCACUCAGGGUCAUUCACAUCGGCGCUGGCGUGUCCGGAAUUAACGCCGCUAUUCAGUUUCCUAAGAUUCUACCAUCAAUCGAGCUCGCCAUAUACGAAAAAAAUCCUGAGAUAGGCGGCACGUGGUUCGAGAACAGAUACCCUGGCUGCGCUUGUGAUAUACCGGCGCAUUCGUACCAGUUGAGUUAUGAGUCCAAUCUAAGUUGGAGCAAAUUCUACGCCGGCUCUCCUGAAAUCCUCGAAUAUUGGCGACGGAUCGCGGACAAGUACGAUGUCCGAAAGUUCAUGAAAUUCAAUCAUAAGUGCAUCGAGGCUCGCUGGAACGAAGAAACCUCCAAAUGGCAUGUCAAAUUUCGCAAGGGGGACUCGGAUGAAGUUGUGGAGGACGUCGGUGAUGUCUUUAUGACAGCCGUUGGUGCAUUAAACGAAUGGAGAUGGCCUGACAUCAAGGGAUUGCACGACUUCAAAGGCAGAUUACUGCAUAGUGCCGACUGGGAUUCCAGCUACGAUGCCACGGCAGGUCCAAUUGUGCUCCAGGCGGGCAAAAGCAUUGCAGUCAUCGGUGCAGGGUCGAGUGGCAUUCAAAUAGUGCCCACACUCCAGUCAAAGGUCAAGUCUAUGGACUGCUAUAUUCGUGGAAAGACGUGGAUCGCUGCUAGUUUUGGUAACGAGCUGGUCCGAGAACGGAACAACGGACAGGACGGCAACUUCGAGUACACGCCGGAGGAGAUUGAGAGCUGGAAGAAGGACCCAGCCUCGUACCUCAAGUAUCGAAAAGCACUCGAAGUUGGAAUGCAAGGUAAUUAUGCGAUGACUCAUCGAGGCACCAAAGAACACGAGGAUGCCACAACAUCAUACAAAGAGGACAUGAGAAAACGUCUAGCAAAGAAGCCCGAUAUUGCUGACCAUCUUUUACCUGAAUUUCCUCCGUUGUGCAAGCGACUGACACCUGGACCGGGUUACCUGGAGGCGCUCAGUGCUGAUAAUGUGAAUGCCAUACACGACAAGAUCUCGCAUAUCGACAAGAGCGGCGUUGUCACGGAGGACGGAAAACAUCGAGCUGUGGAUACGAUUGUAUGCGCAACGGGCUUCGAUACCUCAUUCCAGGGUCGAUUUCCUAUAUACGGGCGCGGAGGGGUCAACCUCCAGGAUCGCUACAAAGUCCGUCCAGAGACCUACCUUAGCGUUGCGACGGACGGCUUCCCCAACUACUUCCAAUCCCUGGGUCCCAAUGCUGGCGUUGGCAACGGAAAUCUGCUCAUCAUCAUCGAAGCUAUAGCCUUGUACGUGGGUCAAAUCCUGCGGAGGCUGGGGCAGGGCAACGUCAAGACGAUCGAGCCGAAGAGAAAGCCGGUUGAAAACUUCACAAAUUAUUGCGAUGCAUAUUUCAAACGCACUGUCUUUUCAGCUGAAUGUGGAAGCUGGUACAAGUCUGCACCGCCAAAUGCUACGGCGGAAGAACGAAAAAGAGGCAGAAUCACCGCUCUGUGGCCCGGAAGCAGUGUUCACGCAAUCAAAGCUCUAGAGACAGUCAGGUUCGAUGAUUAUGAGUUGACGACCGUGGAUGACAAUGACUUUGGAUGGUUUGGAGAUGGCUGGGCGGCGGCGGAGAGGUCAGGCGAUGUGGAGGGAUUGUGCUGGUAUCUCAACAAUACCAAGUUCACACACGAGCCGCUGGAGGAGGGGGAGAAGUUGAUUGUGAUGGAAGACAAGGUGGUGAAUCCGUCGAAUGGAGAGGAAGUGGACAAAGGCGAAAUCGCCAAAGAGAUUCGUCUUCCUGAGGGAGUGGUAUCGACUUGA